UCUUCUUACUAUGUUUACUGGAUGGAGGGGACCUGCUCAACUUUUUUUUUUGAUUAUGUGAAACCAAGCCGAAUGUCUUCAAUGCUUUCUUAGUUUUAUGUGCUUAAUAUCUUCUUCUAUUUUCAGCACGUCAUUGUAAUUUGGCUCCCCUGAUAUGGAUGAAAGUUUGAAGAGAGCUGCACAAGAAGGAAAUAUUGUUGAAUUAUAUGCAUCAAUCCAAAGAGAUGGAAAUAUUUUGAGGCACAUCGAUGAGAUUGAGUUCGUUGACACUCCAUUACACAUAGCUGCAGCUCAAGGGUGCAUUGAUUUUGCAAUGGAGAUAAUGAUCUUAAAGCCCUCAUUCGCUAGGAAGCUAAACCACGAAGGGUUUAGUCCCAUUCACCUUGCGGUGGAAAAGGGGCAUAAAGAACUGGCGCUACAUCUCAUGCAAAAUGACAAAAAUCUUGUUCGUGUCAAAGGGAAGCGGGGUGAGACUCCUUUGCACUAUGCAAUACCAAGAGAACAAAAUUUUGAUCUCUUGGCCAGAUUUCUUGAGGCUUGUCCUGAAUGCGUCCGGGAUAUGACAACCACAAACCAGACUGCUUUGCAUAUUGCAACGAGACACAAUAGAUUAGAGGCUCUUGAACUCCUAUGUCGGAUGCUUAGGAAGAGUGACUAUUGUGAGGAUGUGGUGAACCAGAAAGACAGGAAUGGCGACACUGCCUUGCACAUAGCUGCGCGCAAUAAUCAGUCCAAGAUGCUCAAACUGCUAUUAAAAUGCAAGGCUGAUAAGCAUGCGAUCAAUCAAGCUGGUUCAACAGCAGUGGCUGUUGCAAACGAACUUAAUAACAUAGAGAGCAGCAAUAUUUUGCAUGGUUGGGGAAGUGCAAGAGUUUUGAACUUUAAAUAUAAAAUUCAGAAACAAAUUGUCAAGCAUGUGACAAAGGCAUCAGAAGUAAUUUUUCAAGGUAUGGACAGUGUCUCAAGUGAGGAUCGCAACGCCUUACUAGUAAUUUUAGGAUUGCUUCUAACAGCUACCUACCAAGCCAGUAUUAGCCCGCCUGGUAGUGUUUGGCAAGGUGAUGGCUCCUCAAACUCCAAUUCCACUGUAGGACAUCAUGAAAAAUUACCAGGCAAAUCGGUCAUGGAUCAAGUUGAUUUCCUUACUUUUUAUAUUCCAGCCUAUACUGUCUUCAUAGUAGCGUUUUUCCUAACAUUGGGCCUCCUUAAACCUUUCCCCCAUGGUUUCAGGACUUCUCUUCAAGUACUGCUCGCAUUUCUUGCUAUAUCUUUUGACGAAUCAAUAAAUUUCAUAGCGCCAACUAAUUUAGCAUAUCGAGUUAUGUGUUUGUUUUCAACGUUGGUUUUUGUUUUAAUGAUGGUCAUGUGUGUUGCUUACCGGGUAUCAAAAAUUAGCGUUUUCUUUCUAGGGUGUUGGUUAGUGCCUGGUCUGUAUGGUCCAUUUCAGAUAGGAUCCUAUUUAAUUAUAGGGUGCUGGUUAUUCCUUAGUCUAUAUGAUCUAUUCUGGUUAGGAUCCACUUUAAUUGUAGGAUGCGGUUUAAUACUACAACGGUUUCAUUACAUCUGGAUGGUUGUUGCUAUAGUUCCAGUACCCAUGGUAUUACUUGCUUUGUUUCUAUUGUGGAUUGAAGUAGUGCGAUGAGAACGUGGGUUGACAUGCUACCCCUCACAAUAUAUGAACGUUAAAGCUGAAUGAAGCUUUAAAGAUGGCCGCCACUGCAUCUACUACAUAUUUUUUAUUUCCAGUCUUAUAUAUCUAUUUGUUGUAUCAUCAAUAAAUUCAGUUCCUCUUA